ACACUUUCAAAUUCAGCAGCCUAAAGAAACCGGAUAGCGCACAGUUGUCUUAGAAGCCUUUGGGUUGCUUUACUUAACAACACUGUUAUUUUUGCUUGCAAACUAUGCAAAUUGUUUAGUUGGUUGGCUCCUAACGUUGGCAAUAGAGUGUUAACUUGUCAAGUAUAACAUGAACGGCAUUAUGAUAGAGUCUACACCAACCGAGACCAUUCCCAAGUUCGAGACGUCCUCCUCUUGCAAUGGAGGAACAUACUAUCCCUCAAUGUACACCUCUCCCGAGCUCCAGCUCCAGGGGGCUUAUCCUUCUCAUCUGCAGAGCAUGUUGCCCUCCCACAACCAUCCAAACACCUACGGACUGAUGUCGUAUAACCAGAGCACCUCGCCUUACCACCACAUGAACAUGCCGGGGAUGGUAUCCCCUCUCUCCACCGUCCAUUUGUCCUCCUCGCUCCAGCAGCUCAGCUAUCCCGCCUCUCUUCAACAGAGCUCUAUAGCCUCCCACGGCUAUCCUACUUCCAUCUCUGAGCCGAGCCCCAUGUCCGUUACUGACUACCUGACGCCCAUGAAACGCCCCCCUUCUUCGCUCUCCGAUCCGGACAACGGGAGUAUUCGACCUCCCGCCAAGCGGGCUGCUCAGAUCUGUUUGAAGUGUCAUCAGCCGAGGAAAGGACACGUCUGUCCCUUCAAAACUCGCACACCUCCAAAAACAUACAGAGAGUUUCCUGUGGGCCAGGGGGAUAAAGUGAUCACGUGUUGCCCGAAUUGCGGGAUUCCCCUUUACUCAGGGAGCAAGUUCUGUCACAAAUGCGGGUCAGUGAACGCUGUGAGCGGCCAAACAGCUCUGUCUCUCUUCACUACUCAGAGGGUCCCAAAACUUUCUCCCGAGGAAGCUCAGCAACUUGCCGCGAAAGUCCGGCAAAAAGAACUGGAUCUAGCCCGGAAUUCUGAGCUCCACAAGCAGUUACAGUGUAGAGAAUGGCAGUUGAGAGCAACCUGCGAGAACAUCGCUCCACCCUGCUUCAGGACCCUAGUGGUAGGGGGAGCCCACACCCUGUUCGACCUCUCUGGAACCUUGGCUGAGGCAUUCGGAUGGAGCAUCGCUCAGUACAACUAUCGCAGUGGACAGGGUACCAUUAUCCCGGGAUCCUAUUUCGUGACCUCGGACGGACUGACAGUGGGUGGGGCUCGACAUAAGCCCUGUUUACUUGAGCGAAAAGUGAAGGUAGUCCAUCUGUUCCCUACAACAAACGAUUGGGCCGUCUGGAAGCUGGGCGAUUGGUCUUUCAACAUACAAGUUGACGGUAUCACGAAGUAUAAACACGGUAAACUGCCCAUGCCCCGCUGUGUGGACGGGGAGCGAUCUCUGCUGCCCCUCACCAUUUGCCCCACUCCACAAGCUCUCAAAGAAGUCCACAAACUACUUGCCGACCCCACACAUCCCAGACACCAAGAAAUGUUGGAGCACACGACGUUAUCUGAAAAUACUGCCUACAAUCCGGAUCAGUUCGACAUGAACCUCCUCAACACUACCUUCAAAGGCGACAGACAGCUCCAGCUGUGGGUCAGCGCUAACACCAGUAAAGAGGAGUACAACCAAAUCGUGUGCAACUGCUUGCGGAGGCCAUUCUUCAUUGAUGGCAAAUGCACGUGCGAGCGUUACUGCAGAUGCCAGAGAGUGUAACGGUGAGGUGCGCGACUCCUCGUCGCACGUGCAACUUACUACAUUCCACUGAACACUUCAACAAGAUUGAGAUUAGAUGAGAGUUCAAGUUUAGGUGAAAGAUGCGAUACUCGAGCCGAUUAUUCUAGAACAAAAUGGACUCCUACCAUAAAGAUGAUAAUAUGUUGUAGUAGAGGAAAUAGCUCGAAUAAUAAUAUAAUGAUGAGACAUUUGAAAUUUUUAAGGGAUGACUCGACUUCUUUCAUCAGAUGAAUUUAACGUUGCAAGGCAAUAAUAUAUAUUUGGUUUACUUUUAUAACUUUCACGUUAUAAAUUAUAUUUAAGCUAGCAACUCAAGUACUUACUGUGUAAAUAUGCGAAUUCAAUCUUUAAGAAUUAAUCCGUUUAAGUUGAUAUAUUACUUUUGUUUUGAGAUACACUUUCUGGGCUAUUUCAUUAUAAUAACCCCGAACGAAAGCAAGAUUAUCUUUUCGAAAUUUAUUUCUUUAAAAUUUGGAUGUAUUAGAGGCUCUCUCCUAAAAUAUAUUACCAGAUCUAGUGAAGCUUAAUUUAAUUCCUUCUUAUAGUUCUUAUUUAAAAUCAAGAAAUUCUGUAUUCUAUGGAAUGUGGAUGUUCUAAUUAGUUAGUUUGUUGAGUAUUUAAAUUGAAUUUUAUGAAUUUCACGUACCAAAAAUUUUAUCCGAAAGUUUUAACGCUCAUUUGUUUUUAGAAAUAGUAGAAAUAGGUCUAGUUUUCUGAGAAUUGUGACCCUACGUUUCCAAGGCCAAAUCUGCAGAAAUGAAGAGAUUAAAUCUGCAUUAAAAUCUCCAUGCUUUUUAGUCAUUAUCAAAAUGAUGACCGAUUUAUCUAGGGUAAAUUCUCGCUCCUAAUAUUAUAUUUGCCUAAGAGAUUAACUUUAUUAGAAUUUAGAACCGAACAACUUUAACCCUAACAGUUCUAACAUAUUGAAUCGAUGAUUUUAAUAACUUUAUGAAUUAGAACACCUUAACUUAUAUAUUGUUAUAUUAUUAUUAAUAUUAUCACGAUUAUCAUUAUUUUAGAUACAUUCCCAGAAUUUGAGCUUGUUAUAUUCAUAUUAUUUGAUUGACUGUAACUAAGACGUAGCAGUUUUAUAAGUUGUAGUAAUGAACAAUAUAUUAAUUCAAAU